CUGCCGUGCGACUCCUCGCAGACGCCGCCCUUGACUCGUCUGCAGUCGGCGCUUCUCGCUUCCCCACCAGGAAGCCCUCCCCAGCUCUCGACACAGACAGCCAUCGGCAACAUCUUCUCAACUUGUCGAUCCCUACAAUCUCUCCUCGCCAAUCCGGCGCCACCGUCAGCCGUCGCACAAGAGCCCGUCACCCCUCCAGCUUCGUCGCACCCCCAAUUGCCCAGCCCUCCACUGGCGCAUGCACCAUCCCCGCUUAAACUACGCCUGCGCUCGCGCAAGGCCGACACAACAAGCACAACGGGCGAUUACGGCCCGGCAAGGAAGCGCAUCGUGAAACGCACCGUGGCCGUCGCGCAGCAGCCACCAAGGGGCCCCAAUAAGCGCCGGCGCGCGGUAGAAGACGACAUGGGACGGUACAACCAGAACGGAGACGACAGCGACAUGGAGCAACACGAGCGAGUACCCGACAGCGUCCUGGACCCGGGGCACGAUAACCAAGAAACCGAAUCCCACAACAACAACAACAGCCUAGCCCUGCACACACCCAAGCGCUCGCGCAUCGCGCCCGAAGUCCUCCCGCUCGGCCUGGACCGAUCCGAUUACCACAGCCUACAUUCGUCCUUUUCUUCCGACUACAGCAACAGCGUUCCCGAGACCCUCAGCGAGGACGCGCACAAGCAAGGCACCGAGGUGGUGGUGGAGGCGGACGGCGAGACGUGGAGCACCGAGGAGGACCGCAUCCUGGUCGAGCUGGUGCUCGAGAAGCUCAAGCUGACCAAGUCGGACUGGCAGGACUGCGCCCGCAGCCUGGGCAAGGACCGCGGUAGCGUUGGCAGGCGGUGGAAGAGCCUCAUGAUUAACGGGGAUGUCGGGCUCAAAAGGACCAGUCAUCGCCGCGCCAGGAUACAUGGGACGUGGCGGUGA